UCCCGCUCGAGUGUGUGCCUGCAAUGACGAAGAACAUCAUCAUUAGAGGCACUAUUGACUAUUGAGGGUGGGUGGUUUGCGACACAAUUUCCCCGACGUAACACAGUUGAUUGUUUCGUUUUAUCGGUCAUCGUCGUCCUGUUCGUCCGACCACGUCAUAAUUCGACAGUCAAUCAAUAAGUCGGUGUUAGAUAAAACCGACCGGUGGAGUGUGCAUUUCUGGCAAUCGUAGCCUAGAUUCAUCAGAAUGAGGUCUUGUCUCGCGUCGCUGGUGGUGGUGGUGGUGGUGAUAAUAAGUGCUUUGCUAAUCGUAAUUGCCGGUAGUGAAGUAGCGGAACGAAAUGGGGAGGCGAUUUGUGAAAUGCAACUAGAGGCCAUGCUUCAGGGACUUGGUGGAACUCAACUCUGGGCUAUGGAAUUGUUUGACACGUGGGGAUCGUGGCCUUCCGGGCAGUUUGCCGGUAAUCGGUACACAUUUGGAAGCUACGAUCAGUGCCGCAGUUUCGUCCACAAUCAUGACGAUGCAGGAGAAAUCCGUGGACACUACUGUAUGGCGGUAGUGCCUCGGGAAUCGGAUAACCAAACCCGAGCUGGUCGCUUCGUUGUGGAUAUGAAGGGAAUCAACGGAGUUGGAAUCGGAAUGUGCUUUCCGCAGGUGUGUGCUGAUGAGCAGCUUCAGGGGUACCUGAAGCGAUUUGUCGAGCUACGAUAUCAUAUCACAAGCGACUAUUCGCAGGUUAAUUGUGCACCGGAAGCAAUUGCGCUCGGUGGUAAGCGGAUAGCUGCCAUAACCAUUUUCUCCCUCGUUGCCGCAUUGGUAGUGGCCAGCACUGUUUACGAAAUAGUUUCCAAUUAUCGUGCAGUAAAACCUUCACCCUUGCCGAUAACCUUCUCGCUCUACUCGAACUGGAUCAAUUUGAUGUCUAUCAAAGCUGCGUCGAAUCAAGUGACUAAAAAAUCGGCCUCCAUUGACUGUCUUCAUGGCCUACGUGUGCUAGCGAUAUUGUGGAUUAUAUUCGGCCACAGCUACAUGAUGGUUCUGUCGGCACCUUUAAUCAACCCCGUGGCCACACUUGAGUGGAUAGCUUCAGUGCACAGUGCGCUAAUCGUGGCCGGCGUGAUAUCCGUCGACACAUUCCUAGUGCUAAGCGGGUUACUUACCUGUUGGAGCUUGCUACGAGAACUUGACCGCAACCGAAGACUGAACGUUCCGCUACUGUACCUGCAUCGCUACCUUCGUCUAACACCGCCUUUCGCAGUGCUAAUUCUGUUCACGGUGGGUGUUUAUCCGAACUUUGGUUCCGGACCGCUGUGGAACUCAUCACUGGCAGUCACAGCCGAUCUCUGCAACAAAUACUGGUGGUCCGCUCUGCUCUACAUCCAGAAUUACGUCAAUCCAAAUGAGAUGUGCUUGGGACAUUCCUGGUAUCUAUCGGUAGACAUGCAACUUUUCCUGCUGGCUCCGUUCAUCAUUUAUCCUCUGUGGCGAUGGGGUUGGCGAAUUCUGCUGGUGGUGAUCGGGUUGAUAAUCGCCUCCAUUGCAUGUAUUCUAGCCGUGACAAUGGUGUACGACCUGCGAGCUAACAUUCUACUGUCCUGCUUGGAGCGAGAUCGGUACAGUUACGUACCGACACACACCCGAAUGGGUGCGUGGUUCGUAGGACUGAUUCUUGGCUACAUCCUCCAUCGCACCCGGGAUGAUUUCGUGUCACUACCUAGAUGGAAGGUUAGUCUGGGAUGGACAAUAACCGCGGGACUGCUCGCGGGGUGCGUCUUCGGUUUUUACCCAUUAAACCAACCGGAUUACGAGCAGAACCCACUAAUAGUCGAUGCCCUGUACGACAGUUUUAAGCAUGUGUCUUGGGCGGUCGCGGUCAGUUGGAUCAUAUUUGCCUGCGUCAAUGGGUACGGUGGACCGGUGAACGGAAUUCUCUGUCUUCCGAUCUGGCAACCGCUCGGGCGUUUGUCGUACUGUCUGUACUUGCUGCAUCUUCCCAUUCAGACGAUGCUAACAGGCUCGCUGCGAACGGUGCGACACUUCAGUGACCUGCAAACCGUGCAUACCUUCUGGGGGGACUUCAGCCUGACGUUGAUCGUCGCGGUGGCGUGGACUCUUUGCUUUGAAGCUCCCGUCGGAAAGCUGGACGGGCUGCUGCUUGGGAGAGGAAAAAAGGUUCGACCUACUAUGCCACUGAAACAGGCAAGCUGAAUAUAUGACUUCCGUCACAUAAUUAAGAUAAACAGAUUCUACAAGUUUUUUAAGAGGUAUUUUUUU